AACAUCAAGAACAAGAAGAAAAAGGUUUGUGAAAAAAAUCUAAGGCAAACAUGGUGGAGGGCAUACCAAAGCGAUGGAAGGUGCUAAGUGGCCAAAACAAAUGGCAAGGCCUGCUUGAUCCACUUGACCCGGAUCUUCGCCGCUACAUCAUUCACUACGGCGAGAUGUCUCAGGUUGGUUAUGAUGCCUUUAACUGGGACCGUAAGUCCAGAUACGCCGGUGAUUGUUAUUACUCCAAGAACCAACUGUUUGCUCGAACCGGCUUCCUUAAAGCCAACCCUUUCAGGUACAAUGUGACUAAGUACAUCUACGCAACAGCUUCCAUAAAGUUACCAAUCUGUUUCAUCGUCAAGUCUUUGUCAAAGGAUGCCUCUCGCGUGCAGACUAACUGGAUGGGUUACAUUGCAGUUGCUACAGACCAGGGUAAAGCGAUGUUAGGAAGGAGAGACAUUGUUGUUGCAUGGAGAGGAACUCUUCAGCCAUAUGAAUGGGCUAAUGAUUUUGAUUUUCCGCUUGAGUCAGCUAUCUCGGUUUUCCCAGUAACUGACCCCAAAGAUAACCCUCGUAUUGGAAGUGGCUGGCUCGACAUCUAUACCGCUUCUGAUUCUCGCUCACCUUAUGACACGACUAGUGCACAAGAACAGGUACAAGGAGAGCUGAAGAGGUUGCUAGAACUUUACAAGAAUGAGGAAAUAAGCAUCACUUUCACAGGCCAUAGCUUGGGCGCAGUUAUGUCAGUUCUAUCAGCUGCAGAUCUUGUCUAUGGCAAAAAGAACAAGGUCAAUAUAAGUCUUCAAAAAAAGCAAGUUCCUAUCACAGUUUUUGCUUUCGGGAGUCCUCGGAUUGGAGACCAUAACUUCAAAAACAUCGUCGAAUCACUCCAACCACUAAACAUCCUAAGAAUAGUAAAUGUUCCAGAUGUCGCACCACAUUAUCCACUCUUACUGUAUGCAGAAAUUGGCGAGGUGUUAGAGAUCAAUACUUUGAACUCAACAUACCUGAAACGGUCUCUGAACUUCAGGAACUACCAUAACCUGGAGAUAUACCUGCACGGCAUAGCAGGGAUGAAAGAUACAGCCGGGGUAUUCAAGCUGGAGACUGGCCGGGAUAUUUCUUUGGUCAAUAAAGGACUGGAUGCUCUAAAGGACGAGUACUUAGUGCCAAGUACCUGGAGGUGUCUGGCAAACAAAGGGAUGCUUCAAAUGGAUGAUGGGACAUGGAAGCUGGAUGUCCACAGGAGAGAUCAUGAUGAAGAUGUUGCUGCUGAUGAUGGUGACGACUCCUCAACUAGUAACCAACUACAAGAGCUUAAUACAGUUUAGUAACAAAAACUUAUAUAAGAUUCUGCACAAUAUGUUUGUACACAAAAAAUUCAUUUAGAAGAACAAAGAAUCUGGGGGCCGUAUCUCAGUCAGUCUAUACAAAUGCAAUCCAAGAUCAACAAGACAAGCAAAUAGAAAGUGACAAGUUCA